AUGGCUGGAUGUCUUUAUGAUGUGCAUCUGCAAGAAACAAUAGGAGUUUUACUGGUUGGCUCUACUGUUGCGCUCCUUUCUCCGACAAGUAGUAAUAAUAUCAACGAUGUGUUGACAGUAGCGCAAAAAAAGCAAGUGUCGUAUAUGCAGACUGUCCCAGCUUAUCUCGCCAGUAUGAUGGAUAUAAUGUUGGAACAAGGAUUUGGUAACUUGGAAUAUUUAAAGACUCUUGACAUUGGUGGUGACGCUAGCAGUGUACAGCUUCUUGAGAAAGCCCACAACUGUUUCUCUAAGAAUACACUUAUUUGGAAUACUUAUGGACCAGCUGAGGCUACUGUAAAUUGUACGUUUCAUAAAAUCAACUGUAAUCAUCCUCAAGAUGAUAUACCAAUGGGCCAUUUAUUCGCAAAUUAUAUUUGUGUCGUUUUGGAUGAAUUUUUGGAGAAUGUUAUCAACGAUCAAGAAGGCGAACUAUACAUUGGGGGUGCGGGCGUGUUUGCUGGCUAUCUUGGACGUGAAGAUCUGACACAAAAGGCACUCGUUCAUAUCAACGACGAAGUGUAUUAUCGCACAGGGGAUCUCGUUAAGAUCGACUGCAAUAGUCGCCUUCAUUAUCAAGGAAGAAAAGACCAUCAAGUCAAGUUGCACGGACAACGGAUUGAGCUUGGAGAAAUCG